GGCGAGAUAUAUAGACUUCGCCUUCCUGGAAGGUCGUUAGUAGUUGCUACAAGCCAUCGCAUCGUCGAUGAGCUUUGCAAUGAGAAGCGAUUUGUUAAAAUCCCUAAAUCUGCUCUUCAUGAAAUCCGAAAUGGUGUUCAUGACGGUAUUAGACAGUUCUGAUGCCGGCGUUUGGCCCCUUAUCCAUCCGGGGCAUGUUCGACGAGAUGCACGAGAUUGCAACACAACUAUGCAUGAAAUGGGCCCGAUACGGACCCCAGCACCCAAUUGAUGUUUCCGGGGACUUCACACGUCUAGCGCUUGACACGCUCGCUCUUUGCUCGAUGGGCUAUCGGUUUAACAGCUACUACACAGCCGAACUUCACCCUUUCCUCGCCGCUAUGGGUGAUUUCCUCGUCGAGUCUGGCCGCAGGCCUAACAGGACGAUGCCCGCGUGGUUCUACCGGAACGAGGAUGCCAAGUAUUGGCAGGAUAUCGAAGUCUUACGAAAAACGGCCGACGACGUCCUCAAAGAGCGUAAAGUUCACCCUUCUGACCGGAAGGACCUUCUCAACGCCAUGCUUAACGGUGUAGACCCGAAAACUGGGCAGCACAUGAGCGAUUCGAGUAUCACUGACAACCUAAUUACGUUCCUCAUUGCGGGCCACGAAACGACCUCGGGCUUACUUUCGUUUGCAUUUUUCGAGCUCCUAAAGAACCCCGAAGCUUACCGAAAAGCUCAACAGGAGGUCGACACCGUGAUUGGCAAAGGCCCCAUUACCGUUGAGCAUAUGUCCAAGCUCCCAUACAUUGCAGCUGUGAUGCGUGAGACCUUGAGAUUAUGUUCUCCCAUUCCGCAAAUCGCUGUCACGUCUUUGGAGGAUACCGUGGUUGCCGGAAAAUACCAAAUAAAUAAGGACGAGACGGCUAUUAUAAUGUUGAAGAAGUCGCACUUGGACCCGGCCGUUUUCGGCGACGACGCUGAGGAAUUUAGACCAGAGCGCAUGCUAGACGAACCAUUCAAUAAGCUCCCCAAAAACGCAUGGAAACCCUUCGGAAAUGGAGUUCGAGGCUGUAUCGGUCGUCCGUUUGCCUGGCAAGAAGCUACGUUAGCCAUUGCCAUGCUUCUGCAAAACUUCAACUUCGUGCUAGACGAUCCGUCUUAUAGCCUUGCUAUUAAGCAGACAUUAACUAUCAAGCCUAAGGGCUUCUACAUGAAGGCAACUCUCCGUGACGGAUUGACGCCGGGCCAGUUGGAGCAUCGUCUAGCCGGAACGACCGAGUCGCCAGCAGGGGCAUUAAACGGAAGUUCUUUGAAUAACUCUCUAGUAUCUGCUGCUGGUAGUAGUGGACGCCCCAUAACAGUCUUGUACGGAAGUAACAGCGGCACUUGCGAGGCUCUCGCGCAAAGAGUGGCCAGCGACGCAUCGAGCCACGGAUUCAAGGUUUCCAAGAUCGAUAUCUUGGACACAGCGAACGGAAACUUACCUAAAGGCCAGCCCGUUAUAAUAGUCACCCCGUCAUACGAGGGAGCACCGCCGGAUAAUGCCGCACAUUUCGUUUCGUGGUUGGAAAGCGUCAAAGACAAGACGACAUUCGAGGGAGUACAAUAUGCCGUCUUUGGUGUCGGCCAUCACGACUGGGCUCAAACCUUCCAUAGGAUACCGAAAUUAGUCGACAGCAAGCUUGAGGAAGGUGGCGCUACUCGUGUUGCGAAAAUAGGCCUAACGGACGUCGGAAAUGGUGACGCUUUCGCGGACUUCGAAACGUGGGAGGAUGAAGUACUUUGGUCGUCGCUCAAGAAGCAAUACGGCACUUCUCAGGACGAAACUGACGUAUCACCAUCUUCUGGCCUGAAAGUAUCAAUCACAAGCCCACGCACAUCCACUCUGCGACAGGAUGUCAUGGAGGGUCUAGUGGUUGAUACUCGGACGUUGACAGCCGAAGGAGAACCCGUCAAGAAGCACAUAGAAAUUGUGCUUCCCAGCGAUGAAUCGUAUCGAGCCGGUGACUACUUGGCAGUUCUUCCCAUCAACCCCAAGCAAAUCAUUGAGCGGGCUAUGCGCAGAUUCCAUCUCCCAUGGGAUGCGCAUAUCACCAUCGACAGCCACGACAUGACCUCGCUCCCUACCAAUGCAUCGCUGCCCGCCCACAGCAUCUUCGGAGCUUACGUAGAACUGUCCCAGCCGGCCACAAAGAGGAAUAUCAGCACUUUGGCUGAAGUCGCAAAAGACGAAGCCGAAAAGGAAGCCCUGCGGAACCUCGCAAAGGACUCCGAAGAGGUAUUCGCCAAUCGGAUUUCGGUUCUGGACCUUCUUGAGAAGUACACAUCCAUCGAUCUACCGCUAGGCGCUUUCCUCGCCAUGCUGCCGCCGAUGCGCGUACGACAAUAUUCCAUCUCUUCAUCGCCCCUGUGGAACCCAACCCACGUAACCCUGACCUUCUCCGUCCUCGAAGCCCCAUCCAAGUCCGGCCAAGGCACACACGUCGGCGUGGCCUCCUCGUACCUAGCGUCCCUCGCGCCCGGCGACAAGCUGCACAUCGCCGUGCGCCCGUCUCACGCGGCCUUCCACCUGCCGCAGGACGUCGAGAACACCCCCGUGAUCUGCGUGGGCGCCGGCACGGGCAUGGCUCCCUUCCGCGGCUUCAUCCAGGAGCGCGCGGCGAUGAUCGCGGCGGGCCGGACGCUCGCGCCCGCGCUGCUGUUCAUCGGAUGCCGCGCGCCGGGGCGCGACGACCUGUACGCGGACGAGCUGGCGGAGUGGGAGCGGGCGGGGGCAGUGACGGUGCGGCGGGCGUUCAGCCGGGAUCCGGCGGCCGCGAGCGAUGGCAGCGGCAGCGGCAGCAAGUACGUGCAGGACGCGCUGCGGGCGCACGCGGACGAGGUGCUGAAGCUGUGGCGCGACGGCGCCAGGCUGUACAUCUGCGGGUCGCGGGCCGUGGGCGAGGGCGUCAAGGAGGCCGUCGUCAAGCUGAUCAAGAAGAGCGCGCAGGAGACCGAGGGCAAGGAGGUGACGGACGAGCAGGCGGCUCGGUGGUGGGAGGGCAUGCGGAAUACUCGUUACGCGACGGACGUCUUCGACUAAGGAGACGUAGCUUUCUUGCUUGCUUGCGUAUUCCCAAUAACUACUAGGUACCUACGAUAUUGUUUGAUACCUUAGCGGUGGAGGAGAAGUACUUUACUGUAUUUUGAACUGGGUUGAAAUGGGGGAUCUUGCACAUAUAGCGGUUGGCUGAGGAUUACAUACAUAGAAAGGGGGUAUUAAUCGGGGUGACAUUUUGUUCUCUCCUUAAUGGAUAUAUAUGCCUAGUAUAUAAAUUGCCUAGUCAGAUAGUCUUAUUUUUAUAAUGAUGAUGUUUACCUAUAUCUGGAAUGUUUGUCUACUUGACUACUUCAAUAAUGCUGAUUGUACUC